AUCAAAUUAAGCAACACUGGCACAAGAAUAAAUUUUCUGAUUAGUCCUAAGCUGACCGAAAGAAUUCGAAUUAAUCAUUGCACAUAUAUAGUUUGUGUUUGCACACACCAACGCCUUAAAGAUGCCUCUCAAACUGGACAUCAAGCGCCGCCUCACAUCGCGCUCAGAUCGGGUUAAAUGUGUCGACCUGCACCCGGCGGAGCCGUGGAUGUUGUGUGCCCUGUACAAUGGCCACGUACACAUCAUGAACUAUGAGAACCAACAAAUGGUUAAAGAUUUUGAGGUAUGCGAUGUUCCAGUGCGUUCCGCUCGAUUUGUGGCACGCAAGAAUUGGAUUAUCACCGGAUCCGAUGAUAUGCAAAUACGGAUUUUUAACUACAACACACUGGAGAAGGUGCAUUCGUAUGAGGCUCAUUCGGAUUAUCUACGAUGCAUAGCCGUUCAUCCCACUCAGCCGCUAGUGCUGACGAGUAGUGACGAUAUGCUUAUAAAAUUAUGGAAUUGGGAAAAAAUGUGGGCAUGCCAGCGUGUUUUCGAGGGCCACAGUCACUAUGUGAUGCAGAUUGUUUUCAAUCCCAAAGAUAAUAACACUUUUGCCUCUGCCUCACUGGAUCGCACAGUUAAGGUGUGGCAAUUGGGCUCCAAUUUUGCCAAUUUCACUCUUGAAGGCCACGAAAAGGGUGUCAACUGCAUCGACUAUUAUCAUGGCGGAGAUAAGCCGUAUUUGAUUUCCGGAGCCGAUGAUCGUCUGGUGAAAAUCUGGGAUUAUCAGAACAAGACUUGUGUACAAACACUUGAGGGUCAUGCACAGAAUAUAUCCGCCGUCUGUUUCCAUCCUGAAUUACCAAUUGUUUUAACCGGCUCCGAAGAUGGCACUGUCAGGAUUUGGCAUUCGGGCACUUAUCGUCUAGAGACCUGUUUGAAUUAUGGCUUCGAACGGGUUUGGACCAUUUCCAGCAUGCGUGGCACCAAUAAUGUGGCUCUUGGCUAUGAUGAAGGCUCUAUUAUUAUUAAAGUCGGUCGGGAGGAGCCCGCCAUGUCCAUGGACGUUGUUGGUGGCAAAAUCGUUUGGGCCAAACACUCGGAAAUGCAGCAGGUCAAUUUAAAAACCAUUGCAGACGGCACUGAGAUUAAGGAUGGCGAACGUCUUCCUGUUGCCGUUAAGGAUAUGGGCGCCUGUGAAAUCUAUCCCCAGACUAUUGCCCACAAUCCCAAUGGCCGUUUCGUUGUGGUCUGUGGUGAUGGUGAAUACAUAAUCUACACAUCGAUGGCACUGCGUAACAAGGCCUUUGGGUCAGCCCAAGAAUUCGUGUGGGCUUUGGAAAGCAAUGAGUAUGCCAUACGUGAGAAUAAUGGAACUGUACGCGUUUUUCGUAAUUUUAAGGAGCGCAAGAGUUUCACACCCGAGUAUGGCGCAGAAAAUAUUUAUGGAGGUUACUAUUUUGGAGCGAAAACCUCAUCGGGAUUGGCCUUUUAUGAUUGGGAGACAUUGCAACUGGUGCGUCGCAUUGAAGUUCAACCUCGUAAUGUUUUUUGGAAUGAAAGCGGCAGUUUAGUUUGCCUGGCCACUGAUGAUUCAUAUUUCAUAUUGGCCGUCGAUACAAAUCUGGUUGCCAAUGCUGUCGAGACCAAGGAAGGCCUUGAGGAUGAUGGCGUAGAGAGUGCCUUUAAUGUCUUGGGCGAGAUUUCUGAAUCGGUCAAGACGGGCUUGUGGGUGGGCGAUUGCUUCAUCUACACGAAUUCGGUGAACCGCAUCAACUAUUAUGUGGGCGGUGAGAUUGUGACCGUUUCCCAUUUAGAUCGCACCAUGUACUUGCUGGGCUAUGUGCCCAAGGAGAAUCGCUUGUAUCUAGGCGAUAAGGAGCUAAAUGUCAUUAGCUUCUGCUUGCAGCUAUCCGUUCUUGAAUAUCAGACAGCCGUAAUGAGACGUGACUUUGAACGAGCCGAUCUAGUUUUGCCCACAAUACCCAAAGAAUAUCGGACACGAGUAGCUCAUUUUCUGGAGAAACAAGGAUUCAAAACACAAGCAUUGCAAGUCUCCACCGAUGCAGAUCAUAAAUUUGAUUUGGCUUUGCAAAUUGGUGAGCUGGAGAUAGCCUUAAAACUGGCUCGCGAGGCGGAAAACUCACAGAAAUGGUCACAAUUGGCUGAUGUGGCGGCACGUAAAAAUAAUAUGGGCCUGGUCAAGGAGUGCAUGCAGAAGGCCAAUGAUUUUAGUGGUCUACUGCUGCUAUCUACUGCAUCGGGAGAUGCUCAAAUGUUAGAGGAAGUAGGCUCAGCUGGUUCGGCUCAAGGUCGUCACAAUAUUGCCUUUUUGGCCGCAUUCCUACGUUCCGAUGUGCAACGUUGUCUGGAGAUUCUCAUUGAGACAAAUCGUUUGCCUGAAGCGGCAUUCUUUGCCCGUACCUACAUGCCUAGCCAAAUGUCCAGAGUGGUGGAACUGUGGCGCGAAGAGCUAAGUAAGGUUAACGAAAAGGCUGGUCAAUCGCUGGCCGAUCCAGCUCAGUAUACAAAUCUCUUUCCCGGUUUGGGUGAUGCCUUGCGCGUAGAGCAACAUUUACAAGAGGAACGCUCGAGAAAAGCACCCGCUCGCAUAGCCAGUCAGUUGCCUUUGAAUAAUGAGCGGAAUCCAUUGCAAGAACUUAAUGCAGCGGAGCAACAAAGUGGAAUUGGUCAAUUGGAGGAAAAGGAGAAGCCAAAGUUUGUUGCUGCUCCCGUGACAGCUGCUGCCGCCGCCGCUGCUGUCAGCAGUGUUACCGCAGCACCCGUGGAUGUGGAUGUAGAUGAGGAUGAUGAUGAUUUGGAUCUGGAAAUUGAUGGCAUAACGCUUGAUGACAAUAUCGAUACCACAGAUGUCAAUUUGGAUGAAGAUUUUCUAAGCGAUGAUUAGGCCUACUCUUUAAUUUAAAAAUUGCUUGUUGUAAUGGGAAAUGUUUAAUGAACUCCCCGCAAUCCCCCGAAGCAUUUCAAGCCACACACACACAAUUCCAUGCAUACAUUCACAAUUUGAUUUGAAUGGGUGUUUGUUGUUUCCCGUGCAUUAACUAUAUACAAAUUUACAAUUAUAUAUUAUAUAUCGGAUUGUAUAAAUAAUAUGUGUACUACCAUUAUCAAGCAGCAGAAAUGCAAUAAAUAUUUUAAAAAUA